UAAAGACACUAAUUGACCAAGAAACUGAGUCCCAGAAGAAGAAGGAGCAAGAAAAGGAAAAGAAGGUCAUCACCCUGAAAGCGGAGCUGACCAAACUGAAGUCUUUCGCUUUGAUGGUGGUGGACGAACAACAAAGGCUGACGGCACAGCUUGCCCUUCAAAGACAGAAAAUCCAAGACCUAACCACAAGUGCGAAGGAAACACAUGCUAAACUAGCCCUUGCUGAAACCAGAGUUCAGGAAGAAGAGCAGAAGGCAGCCAGACUAGAGAAAGAACUGCAAACACAAACCACAAGGUUUCACGAGAACCAAGAAACAAUUAUGGCAAAGCUCACCAAUGAGGACGGCCAAAAUCGCCAGCUUCGACAAAAGUUGGCAGCACUCAGCCGGCAAAUUGAUGAGUUAGAAGAGACAAACAGGUCUUUACGAAAAGCAGAAGAGGAGCUGCAAGAUAUAAAAGAAAAAAUCAACAAGGGAGAAUAUGGAAACUGUGGUAUCAUGGCUGAGGUGGAGGAGCUCAGGAAACGUGUGCUAGAAAUGGAAGGGAAGGAUGAAGAACUCAUAAAAAUGGAGGAGCAGUGCAGAGAUCUCAAUAAGAGGCUGGAAAAGGAAACAUUACAGAGUAAAGACUUUAAACUCGAGGUUGAAAAGCUCAAUAAAAGGAUUAUGGCUUUGGAAAAAUUAGAAGAUGCCUUCAACAAGAGCAAACAAGAAUGUUAUUCUCUGAAAUGCAAUUUAGAAAAAGAAAGGAUGACCACAAAGCAGCUGUCGCAGGAACUGGAGAGUUUAAAAGUAAGGAUCAAAGAGCUAGAAGCUGUUGAAAGUCGGCUGGAAAAGACAGAAUUUACCCUAAAAGAGGACUUAACUAAAUUGAAAACGUUAACUGUAAUGCUGGUAGAUGAAAGAAAAACGAUGAGUGAAAAAUUAAAGCAAACGGAAGAUAAGUUGCAAGCUGCUUCUUCUCAGCUUCAAAUGGAGCAAAAUAAAGUGACAACGGUUACUGAGAAGUUAAUUGAAGAAACAAAAAGGGCACUGAAGUCCAAAACUGACGUGGAAGAAAAAAUGUACAGUGUCACCAAGGAGAGAGAUGAUCUGAAAAACAAACUGAAAGCAGAAGAAGAGAAAGGAAAUGAUCUCCUGUCCAAAGUUAAUAUGUUGAAAAAUAGGCUUCAAUCAUUGGAAGCAAUUGAGAAAGAUUUCCUAAAAAACAAAUUAAAUCAAGAUUCUACUAGGUCCACCACAGUAUUACACCAAGAAAACAAUAAGAUUAAAGAGCUCUCUCAAGAAGUAGAAAGACUGAGACUGAAGUUAAAGGAUAUGAAAGCCAUUGAGGAUGACCUUAUGAAAACAGAAGAUGAGUACGAGACUCUAGAACGUAGGUAUGCUACUGAACGAGAUAAAGCUCAAUUUUUAUCUGAAGAGCUGGAACGUGUUAAAAUGGAACUUGACAAGUACAAGUUAGCAGAAAAGACAGAGUCUAGCCAUGAACAAUGGCUUUUCAAAAGGCUUCAAGAAGAAGAAGCUAAAUCAGGACACCUCUCAAGAGAAGUGGAUGCACUGAAAGAGAAAAUUCAUGAAUACAUGGCAACUGAGGACCUGAUAUGUCAUCUCCAGGGAGAUCAUUCAGUUCUGCAAAAGAAACUCAAUCAACAAGAAAACAGGAACAGAGAUUUAGGAAGAGAGAUUGAAAAUCUCACUAAAGAGUUAGAGAGGUAUCGGCAUUUCAGUAAGAGCCUCCGGCCUAGUCUCAAUGGAAGAAUCAUCUCUGACCCUCAAGUGUUUUCUAAAGAAGUUCAGACAGAAGUAGUAGACAAUGAGCCACCCGAUUACAAGAGUCUCAUUCCUCUGGAACGAGCAGUCAUCAAUGGUCAGCUAUACGAGGAGAGUGAGGACCAGGAUGAGGACCCUAAUGAUGAGGAAUCGGUGCUGUCCUUCAAAUGCAAUUCAUCUACCCCCUGUCCUGUUAACAGGAAACUAUGGAUUCCUUGGAUGAAAUCUAAGGAGGGCCAUCCUCAGAAUGGAAAAAUCCAGACUAAACCCAAUGGUAACUUCAUGCAACCUGGAGAUUUAGUCUUAAGCCACACGCCUGGGCAGCCACUUCAUAUAAAGGUUACUCCAGACCAUGUCCAAAACACAGCCACUCUUGAAAUCACAAGUCCAACCACAGAGAGUCCUCACUCUUAUACAAGCACUGCAGUGAUUCCAAACUGUGGCACCCCAAAACAAAGGAUAACCAUCCUCCAAAAUGCCUCCAUAACACCAGUGAAAUCCAAAACCUCUGCUGAAGGCCUCAUGAAUUUAGAGCAAAGCAUGUCCCCAAUUACUAUGGCAACCUUUGCCAGAGCACAGACCCCAGAGUCUUGUGGUUCUAUAACUCCAGAAAGGACAAUGUCACCUAUUCAGGUUUUGGCUAUGACUGGUUCAGCAGGCUCUCCUGAGCAGGGACGUUCCCCGGAGCCGAUAGAAAUCAGUGCUAAGCAUGCAAUUUUCAGAGUCUCCCCUGACCGGCAGUCAUCAUGGCAGUUUCAACGUUCAAACAGCAACAGUUCAAGUGUGAUAACUACUGAGGAUAAUAAAAUCCACAUUCACUUAGGAAGUCCUUACAUGCAAGCUGUAGCCAGCCCCGUGAGACCUGCCAGCCCUUCAAUACCACCACAGGAUAACCGAACUCAAGGCUUAACUAAUGGGGCACUAAACAAAACAACCAAUAAAGUCACCAGCAGUAUUACUAUCACACCAACAGCCACAACUCUUCCUCGACAAUCACAAAUUACAACACCCAGGCAAACUGUGAAGAUCUUUAGAAGUAAAAGAAAUCUUCCACGAUUAUCCUCUUUUUCCCUGCAAAAUCAAUUUCAUGAUAGCAAAGCGAGGAUUUGUUGACAGAAACACUUCCAUGGUGAUGAACUACAGCACCAACGCUGCGGGCUUGCAUCAUCAUUAAAUAAAUUUGGAUGAAAGCUGA